GACGGUGAUCUGACGUACUGGAGGCGGACAAUUUCAAUUCUCGCAAUGUCAUCGAGUAUACAAAAACAAUUAAUUUUUGUUACUGGAAAUGUGAACAAACUCAAAGAGAUUAAGGAGAUUUUAUCAGAUACCUUUACUGUAGUUUCAAGAAAAAUUGAUUUACCAGAAUUCCAGGAUGAACCAGAUAAUAUAUCAGCAGCAAAGUGUCGAGAAGCAGCGAAACAUAUUAAGGGGCCAGUUUUGACAGAGGAUACAUGUCUGUGCUUCAAUGCAUUAGAUGGAUUACCAGGUCCCUAUAUAAAAUGGUUUCUUAAGAAGCUUGGACCUUCAGGUUUAUACAAACUACUCACUGCUUGGGAAGAUAAAUCUGCCUAUGCACUUUGUACAUUUGCAUAUUCUACUGGUAAUCCAGAUGAUCCUGUUAAACUGUUCCAUGGAAAAACUACAGGCACAAUAGUUCCUCCAAGAGGCCCUCCUGAUUUUGGAUGGGAUCCAUGUUUUCAACCUGAUGGUUUUGAACAAACGUAA